UGCGACGUAUGUGAGUAUGUACCAAGUAGAAUCACUGGCAGUCGUAUAUUUACACGGUAUCAGGCAAAGUCUAUGGGGAGCCAAUAAGUUUCGAUUAGAUAAGAAUCGGGUACUUGACGCACUCGCAGUCUCAGUCUUCUGUCUUCUGUCUGCUGUAAGGUGUUGUAUGUGUCGCUGCUAUUCAGAUGUUCAGUUGGUGUAAGUGAGCAAGUUAUAGACCACUUCACGUCACAGGCAUUGGGAAAAUGUGAAGUGCUCUAAAUGCUACAAUAAGUUGACUAACAGUGUUCUAAAGUGGUAAGAAAAAGGGGUCAAAGGGGUGUAUUAAGUAUAGCAAAUGUAAAUAUUUUGGAUAUUCCACUUGUAAGUUUAGAAUUUAAAACUCUCUGUUAUAGGAUUAUAAUAAGAUACUAAAAGCCCAAAGAAGUAUGAUAAUAUCCACAGUCACCAGCUCGAGCACUAAACUUAAUGGCCAAUGAAGUUUCAUACUUCUAAGAACUUGGGGUUAGUAACUGACCGCAUUGUAACACCUUUAAAGUUUGAAGUGACUUGCCCAGCGAUAAAGUUUGUACUCAUAUAACCUGGAUUUUGGUGGAAAUAGUUGGGCAUGCCCCCUCUUUAUCGUGGUUUUGUGUACUUUGUGUGGCUUUGGUUAGAUAUGUGAGUAUGAAUAAAAAAAAAGGGAACCCAACGACGAGCGACAAAAGCGGAGCACUGACCCAAUUCAAAAUUGAAAUGAAUAUUCCUAAGGCGUGUAAACGGGGCAUUGUGUCGGCGUGUUUGUACGGAUUCGCAGUCAGGUGUUAAUUAAAUUUAUUUAAACCCUCUUGAGCUAAAUCUACGAUUUCAAUGCAACGAUACGAGCCAAAUGAAGCGUGCCCAAAUGGUUUUGCCCUUUGGGGCUUGGCUUUCAGUAUGGAAAAUCAAAUGCGUUGACAAUUCGAAGGGGAGCCCCAAAAACCAGAAAUCUUACCACAGCGGAUUGGAUCGGUUCGGCUUGGAUGGCCAUCCAGCGCCCACAAAAAUUGUGGCCAAAUGUAAUUGCCAAAAGCACAUCAACAACUUUUAUCACAAAACCUGUCACUUGCGCCGCCGACUCUGCCAAAUGGCCUCAACUUUUGGACAUAAUUAAGCCAUCAAACCAAAAUCUUUGCCAUUUGCGUUGACAGUAACUUGUCGCUGUGUUGGACAACACAGUGCGCACUGCGAACACGGCUCGCAAAACUAAUUAAUUAUAAUGAACUACUCAAAAUGUUGGCAACACUCGGCAAUUUCGGUUUUGGCAUUUUUGGUUACGACAUUUUUGGUGUGAUGAGUUUGGAUGAUUUAGGCGGAAUUAAGCGAUAAAAUCAAGCAUUACCAAAUUCAUUUGGCGUUUUUACGGUUAAAUACAAUUUUUAUCUGAUCAUGGUAUGACUUUUUGAUUACUUUCUUAUGAAUUUGUUUACAGUUUUUAAUUCUUUUAAGACAUUCAUAGAUAACUAGUUUGAAUUGGCAGAUGCCAUAACAUUCAAUUCCAAACUUAUAAACAGGAGUUUGUGGCUUAUUAUAAUUUAUUCCCUGGGGAUCCAUGGCUACCACAAGGCUUUUCCUUCAGCUAUCAAACAAUACGAAGAUCCAUGGAAACCCAACAACUCCUCGACACAAUACCCAACCAAAUAGUUCAGUCAAUGGGUAAUACUUAAACCAUGCAGUACUGCUGGCUUCCACAGGAACGACGUGAACCCAUUUUGCGGGAAAAACCACCAGUGGUCAUCUCAAAUAAGCGAUUCCAGCGCAUCCGUGCUCAUGCUACACAGGCGGCCAAGCAGGAGCAAUUACAUCAGCAGCAGCUUCGUGAUGAGGCGGAUGAGAAACUUCGAAUCGGAGGCGAAGAACUCCUCCGAAAAUUUGCUGGUCGGAAUCUCUGCAUCACGCGGGAGGAGGAGUGCGCACGGGAACUGAAGCAACUGCAGGCUGAGCAACUGGAGGCCAAGCGACUGGCGGAAGAGGAAAGCAAGGCAGCUCGCCUGGAGCAUCAGAAAACGAGGAAGAAGCGCAUCGAGGCUGCCCAGAAACUCCUAGAGCAACUGCGUCCUGGUCCGCGGGAAUUACAAUGCGCGCGUCUUCAGAGCGAAGUUAUGCGAAGUGUCAAUGUCCAAAGGGAAGUGCAGGCGGAGUUCGCCAGGGUCAACCAGCAACAGAAGGAGCUGGACAGGAAGAUCUUCCAGGAGCAAGUGCUUCGGGGUUUUGAGGAGGCCCAACAGCGUCACAAGGAGCAAUGUCAACAGCUAAGUGAUCAUAAAAAGGAUUUAUUGCACUUAAUUGCGGAGAGGGAAAGGGAACGCCAGGCCACCAAAGCCAAGGAAUUGGAGGAGGCGCUCAAGGAGCGGGAACGCAAUGAGCGCAUGAUGAAGGAUCAGCAGACCAAGGAGAAGGAGCAGCAGGCCGCCAAGCAAAGCAUGAAAAAAGAUGAGGCAUUGGCCUCCUUGGUCAUGUCCGAUCAGCGCCAGAAGCGACUCCAGAUGCUGGAGGAGAUGGAGCAGGUGCGGUGCGAUAUCCACAACAAGGCCAAGGGACACUUGGAGCAGCUGAAACGGGACAGAGCCAAGGAGCGAGUGGAGCAACGUAUCCGGCGAAAUGAAAAACUGGCCAAGGAACUGGCUCCUCGCCUCCACUACAGUGCUCGGGAGGAUGAGGAGCGCCAUAAGCGUCAACUGGAAGAGAUGCGAAAAGUUCACAGUGCCGAGCAGGCCAAAUGGAGAAAGUCCAAGGAACAGGCCAAGAACGCCCGCUUGGCUGUGCAAAGAGAGGAGGAGGAGCUGGCCAGGAAGAGCAGGCAAAAAGCAGAGGAGGAACGCAAGCUGGCAGAGGAACUGCGCCUGCAAAACGAUCUAACCAAUGUCCAAUUCAAGCGGCAGCAACGGGAGGAGCAUAUUCAAAGGAUAAGGAAACUCCGCCAGGAUCUCGACGAACAGGUUAAGAAACGCACCGAGGAGGAGACCCGUCCAGGUACCAACUACAACAGGGAGGCCCAAUUGCAGGAACUGCGCGAGGAUGACUUCUUCUUCGACUACGCCCGUCAGCUGAUGGAUGAAGCCCAAGCCAAGGGAUGUCCCCUAAAACCAUUUAUCCGCGCUGUGGGUCAGUACAAAAACGACAAUCGGAUAGGAGCAGAGAUACGGAUUCCUCGUCACAUGGUCACUCGAUUGCCCAUGGGCAGGAGAACUCAAGGAGAUAGCCAAGCGGAGGGAAAGGAAAAGCCAUUGGACAAACAGGAACCCAAUUCCGAGGAGUUGAGCAAAGAGGAGAAGCUUUUGAGGCAGAAAAUCCAGGAGAAUCUCAAGAAAAUCGACGCGUUAGUUUUACAGGAGGGCAAGGAUAAAGAUGAUCAAAAGAAAUAA